CACCAAUUCAUUAAUGAACUGUAAAACAGCUGUGGAACCAGUGGAACACAAUAUGAGUUUUGAUGCCGACUGCGAUGAGUUUAUUCAAAACAAACUAUAUCGCACCAAAGGCAAAUGUGCUAUAUAUGCGCGCCAAUCGGAUGUGUAUGUGGCGGUGAAGCACAAGCCCACUCUUCGAUCCACUGCACCCACUUUGGCCAUGGCGGAGAGCAACAACAAUGUGGUUAGCAUGCGACAUGACAUCUGGUUCCACAUAUCGAUGCAUAUAGAUCCGGAGGACGUGCAGUCCUUCGCUCUGAUUUGUAAACAAACCGCCGGACUGGUGGCUUCGAGGGCCUUUUGGCGUAAUCUAUACCGGCGCUACUGCAACGGAGCCACCUCGGGCUGGAAUCUGAAUCUGCCCGCCCAUCUGCAGCCGGAGCAGAUGCGAAACUGUGAUACCCAGACACUCAGAUCCCUUGUCAUCCAGGCGCUCUUCCGCUGCCAUCGUCCGCUAAAGGUUCGCCUGGAGCUGGGCUACAACCUGGACUGGCUUGUGCAGCGCACCUUCGUGACUUGCUGGCUGAAGCAGUUCCAGUGCCUGUGGAUCAUGUGCUAUAAGUUCUUGAACCGACAGCCUAAUGUCCACAACGAAUCGGAAAUGGAAACCAGCGAGGUAGUUAAUGAUUGGGAAUCCCUCGCCGAAGAUGAUGUGGGACAAUCACAUGUAACCCUUGAAAAUCACAAUGAGGGGGUGGUUAUCCUGGUUGUGCUGUGCCGACACUUUGAGCCCACUCCCACUCAGUUGACCUACAGCAAUCAGCAGGCACGCUACCGUCUUCGGGCCACCCGCGAACUCCUCUGCACAGAUAUGCGGGCCAAGAACCUCGAACUAGACUUUGCCGAAGAUGGCUGCCGAAAUGUAUCCGUAACCGUUAAAUACUCUCGCAUCGAAAAGUACAAAGUGCUACCCUGGUGGCAUCCAGAUUUCAACAGUUUUAUGAAAUAAAACUCUCAUCCGCGA